AUGUCCUCUCUGAUGGAAGGAAAGUGUGGGACCAGCUCCAUUGAAAGACUGUUCUCAAUAGCCAUUCAUCAGUGGAAGAUCUAUACACUGAGUCGGGAUGCUACCCUGUGUGUGUGGCAGUGUGAUACAGAACCUGAUGGUCUUCAGCGCCAACUCCCAAAGACCAAGGACAAAACAGAGACUGAUCAAAGCCAAGAAAUCACUGGGCAGAGUGCAGAAAUCAUUCGGGGAAAAGCAGAGUCAGAGCAGGAAAGGAUUGGGAAAGUGAAAUACUCUCGAGUUGGAAAGCAUUUUUUCAAUAAAGAGAAGGAUUUCAAUGAUCUGACAGCUGCUGCCUACCACAAGAAAACUCACCUCCUGGUCACAGGAUUUGCUUCUGGGAUAUUUCAUCUCCAUGAGCUGCCAGAAUUUAACCUCAUCCACUCGCUCAGUAUUUCAGACCAAAGGAUCGAGUCGAUUUCUGUGAAUGUGUCUGGGGACUGGAUUGCGUUUGGGUGUCCAGGUCUGGGGCAGCUCCUGGUUUGGGAGUGGCAGAGUGAGUCUUACGUUUUCAAACAACAAGGUCACUUCAACAACAUGGCCACACUGUCGUACUCUCCAGAUGCUCAGUACAUUGUCACAGGGGGAGAGGAUGGCAAGGUGAAAGUUUGGAACACGAGCAGUGGUUUCUGUAUUGUGACGUUUACUGAACACACAAGCGCUGUCACUGCAGUCACCUUCAAUUCUACGGGUUUUGUAGUGCUGAGCGCCUCUCUGGAUGGGACAGUCCGAGCAUUCGACCUUCACAGGUAUCGAAAUUUCCGAACAUUCACAUCGCCACGACCCACUCAGUUCUUCUCCUUGGCUGUGGAUAUGAGUGGGGAGAUUGUGUGUGCUGGCUCACAGGAUUCCUUUGAAAUUUUUGUCUGGUCGAUGCAAACUGGCCGCUUACUGGAGGUCCUGGCCGCGCAUGAGGGUCCAGUCAGUAAUCUGAGCUUCAGCCCAUCACAUACACUCCUGGCUAGUGCAUCCUGGGAUAAGACGGUGAAAUUAUGGGAUAUGUUCGAUAGCUGGAAAACAAAAGAGACACUUGUCCUGAAUUCAGAUGUUCUGGAUGUUGCAUUCCGGCCUGAUGGGAAAGAGCUGGCAGUUGUCUCUCUCGAUGGUCAGAUCACUUUCUGGGACCAUCAGAACGCAGUACAGACCGGCUCCAUUGAGGGGCGCCACGAUCUCCAGAUGGGCCGCAAGGAGCUAGAUAAGAUCACAGCCAAGCAGGCAGCCAAGGGGAGGUCGUUCUCCACCGUGUGUUACUCGGCAGAUGGACUGUCAGUACUGGCUGGUGGACACUCCAAAUUUGUCUGUAUUUACAAUGUGAAGGAGCAGCUCCUGGUGAAGAAGUUUGAGAUUUCAUGUAAUCACUCUCUGGAUGCAAUGGAGGAGUUCCUGGAUCGAAGGAAGAUGACUGAGUUUGGAAGUAUGGCUUUGAUUGAUGAUGGUGUUGGUGAUGAAAAUGGAGUGGCUAUCAGUCUGCCAGGAGUGAAGAAGGGUGACAUGAGCUCCCGACACUUUAAGCCGGAGAUCCGAGUGACUUGCCUUUGUUUCUCACCGACAGGCAGGAGCUGGGCAGCGACCAGCACAGAGGGUCUGCUCAUUUACUCGCUGGAUGGUUGUAUGGUGUUUGACCCCUUCGAUCUGGAUGAGGAGAUCACCCCAAGCAGCGUGAGACGUGUUCUGCGUCAGAAGGAGUUUACAGCUGCCAUCAUGAUGUCGCUCCGCUUGAACGAGAACAAGCUGAUUCUGGAGGUUCUGGAGACAGUGCCUCACGCAGAGAUUGACCUGGUGUGCUCGACUCUGCCUCUGACGUACGUGGAGAAAAUCCUUCAGUUUGUGGCCUCAGCUCUGGAAACCUCACGGCACCUGGAGUUCUUCCUGACCUGGGCCCAGCGUUUACUCACUCUCCAUGGACAGAAACUGAAGGCCAGGUCAGUGGUUUUACUGCCAAUGAUCCAGGCUUUACAGAGGAGCAUCCGACAUCACUUUGACACAGUGUCCAAACUGUGUGACUGGAAUCGCUACAACAUGCGGUACGCACUCGCCCUGUCCCAGCAGAGAGGAAUGAAACGCCCAACAGAAUUGGCAGAGAGUGAUGAAGACAGUGGCUCUGAGGGGGACAUUGAGCAACUGAUGGAUGCGAGUGACUAAGCUGGGAACUCCCAGAAUGGUGUCUGUUGAUUUAAAACAAUCUCUGGUUGUUCUCCAGCGACAUCUGUGGGUACAUCACAAUCUCAAACUGGCAGCUACAACAAGAGCACAGUCAUUAGGUGCCACUUGUAACAUGGCAAUGAGGCAACAACACAUGGGCUAUACACUGUGGGGUAUUGUAAAUGUCGAGUGGUUAUGUUAUGGAGUGGUUUCACUCCAGGUGCAGUGUAAACGUAUUCACAGUGAAUGGAAAUAGUUCUUUCUGAUGGGCUGACUGGUGGGGAAAUAUAGAAAGACUCAUGCAGUAAGUCUCCAAAGUGGGAACUGUCCCUUCUCCAAAACUUUGACUUUUUGAAUGUGGAAGGAAAUGAACCAAGAAUGCCUCACAUGUUCGAUGCUCUGUUUGACUAAGACUGCUUCCUCCCAAUGUAAAUGAUGUAUAAUAAAUGUUUAAUAAAAA